UUUGUUCUUUUGGGGACUAAUUUUAUCAUAGUAAGACGAAACGACGUUAUUAGUAUACGACACUUUUCUUUACUUGCAUCGGUUAUAGCUUGUACGGCACAUUACUAGCAAGAUGGUAGAAGUCGGUUUAUAGGCGCUGGAGUAAGAAACGGGACCUAGUUGAGACGGGAUAAACACAUAAAAUGUACGAUGUGGACAGUUAGCUUGUGGUGAAGACUAUAAAGAAUCUGGAUAUAAAAGUUUAGCUGAACUUUGGAAGGAUGUUCGUCAAAGAGGUGAGGAUGACCCAAGUCGUGUCCGUCAUAACACUGCUGUUACUGGUGCUGCCUCUAACUGUGGGGGACGAAUGUACGGCGCUUCCUGUCCGGUCUACUACACAACUAGUUCUCAUGAAACCGUUUAAAGGAAAAGGAUCCACAGUACUGAAAUAUCUAAAACCACCUUUACAAAACAGCCAGGAAGCCUGCGGACGUAAAUGUUGUAGUGUAACAGAAGAACAGUGCAUUCUUGGAAUAUUUAAAAAAGACGCAACACCGUCUGAGCCAAACUGUUUCUUGUAUGUGUGUGCAGCUAACAAUAAAUGUCGCAUUCAGAGGUACACCAACGUGGCCAUGGCAACAUUGGCAGACAAUGUUAUGCUGGAGUUUGUUGAUGACCACCCUGUAUUGCGGAGUAGAGUUAGGAGAGACGCACCUACCAAUGCAACAGCUCCUAAUCCUGUCACAGAAUCUAACACAAGUGUACCCAAAAUACAGCAGACAGAUGCAAAUUCCACUCUGACAAAUCAGACAGAUACUGUUACUACGCCCAUAUUGAAAGCAGACACGAAUGUAACCAUCCCGGCGACUACCCAACAAGCUGCACAGACUGGCAACAGUUCAGAAAAGCAAUCAUCGCCUGUUAAGGAAACUAACAUUACAUCUGGUCAAGGACAAAUCAUUACAACAACUCCAGUACAACAAAAUGCUGGUGGAACUGCAUCGGAGCUACAUAAUUCAACUUCGGCUACAAGCAAGAAUACAACAUCUGCUAUUGCUAAUUCAACUUCACAAACAGCUCCACAAACAGAUGCUUUAGGAACAACCCAGCCGCCCAUUCCGAACACUAAUGCAUCAGAAAAGGCCCCACCAGUAACCCAAGCAGGAGUGACACAGAGCAAUGGACAAACAAAUAAAACGGAGUCCGUCACAAACCAACAAGCACCAAUUAGUUCUCAAGGAACAAAUAUUACAGUCACACCGCAAGCAACAACAAUGACAAAUUCUACCACAGGGCCAGACACAAAUGCCACAAUAAAUGCAACUGUCAAUGGUACUGACGUUCCGGCAACAAAACGCCCACCACCACCAUCAUCAUCAUCAUCAUCAUCAUCAACAACAACAACAGCAGCAACAACACCAACUGCAAUAAUAUCAAAUACCACAACACCAGCUACAAUUACGUCAAAUACAACACAAACUACAACAACACGACAAGUCAACAAUACAGUGAUGAAAACCGCUACGUUUGUCAAUACAUCUCCACAGGUGACGACUAAGUCUAUGCAAACAACUACGACAACACUACCCAGUAAUAGAACCAUCUUGUAUAACACAACCACCAUUCCACCACGAACUGAUUCGCCAGUGACAACAGCGGUAGAAGCAAACACAACAGUACCAAGCGACGCACUGACGACGGCAGGGAUACACAAUUCCACAGGCCCAUCUGUGAAUUCGACACAGGGUCUUCAAAAUGUCACCGAACAGUCUAUGAGUUCAACAAGUGGUCCCGGAGAAGCACCAGUCAGUGAUGUCACUGGAAGUCUUAACUUUAGUGUUUCCUAUCCACCGUCGUCCUCAACUGAUGGUGUGCUUUUAACACUUAUUCCAGGCGAUUAUUUGUCAUCUCAACCUAUGGUCACUACGACAGCAAAUUCCACACUGAUGGACUCCAACAGUACUAUGAUGUCAACUACAUCACUUGACAAAAGGCUUGUCGCUGUUCUCAUAGGCGCCCUCUCUCUGGGCAUGAUAUUUUUCGUCGCAGUUAUCGCCCUUGUUAGUAGACGUGUUUAUGAGAGCUGGCAGAGAAGACAUUAUUCUCGGAUAGACUACCUAGUGAACGGAAUGUACAAUUGACCAGGAGCGUCUACUGAGGGUUGGCUGGGGUUCAGGAAUGAGGGUAUGAUAGUUGUGCAAGAGAUACAGUUGCCCAUUGAUUCAGACAACUGAUUUAUGUAGUCUCAUCAAUGCAUCUUUUGGAGCGUGGCAACUCGUUAGCAUCAAGCUUCACACAGACAGCCACACAGUUAUGAAGUUUGCAUCCUUCGAACAUGCUUCAGGACAUUUUAAUGCAAGUAAUCAUUGCAUUUGUGUUUGAAUGGUUUGCACGGCGGAUACAAGGUGGGGGUGUAAGGGAUGUGCACACUCACACUUGUGUCAGAUCUUUUGAUGUAUUUGAUAGAAAUAUAGGGUCGUCCUUAGUGCACUAAGUGCGCAAAACGUUUUUAUCAAAGGUGACAUAUCACUGCACAUUAUGAUGCCAUUCGUCAUGGCUACGUCAAGUAAAAGGGACAGGUGAGACAAAACUAAUAUGUGUGAUUUGAUAUUUCAUUUCAUUUUAAACUUAUUUUCGUACUUAUAUCCUAUUAAGGUUAAAACAAUUGGGCUGUCUGUCCAGGACAGUGAGUUACUGGUUAGUAAGAGAGAAAUCGGUGUAGUAGCCUUACACCUACACAUUAAGCCGUUAAAACUCGCUUUGGAUAGGAGCUGGUACCGUGGUGCGAUCCCAGUUCCUACCAGCGUUAAGUCGAAGAUUUAACCACUACAUACACCAUCGAGACCGAUCUCAUUUAAUACGAUUGUUUGGGUGUUCCAGUUUUCUAGUGUUGUCUGUGACAGACCUACCUCCUGGUGCAGGAGAUGCAUGCAAUGCACGGGACUGGUUUUAGUUUCUUGUAGGUAUUGUGUCACACGUUUAUUAAUUGAGACAUUAUGUUGUUAAUGUGUUGACCUGUUGGAGUAAUGAAUGGAAGAGUGCUUUACAAACUAUUCACGGGCAGCAUGUUACCUUUAAUUAGAAUCUUUCACACAAGCUACAUUUGGCCACCAAACCGGGGAACCAUUUCAGAUAUCACCAUACUGAUUCCAUAUAAACUCUUAAAAAAAAAAGUAGGGUAACUCUAAUAAGAAUUUACAAUUGCCAAAAUUGUAAGGUAUAUUAGCUGUGGGGAAUGGUUAUAUGAUAAUAGUGAAUUAAUUGGGCAAACAUUACAACCG